AUUUUCAUUGUGAAGAGUCGUUACUAAAAAUAGACAUCUAAAUAUAGAUAUCGUACAGGAAGGAAGACAAGUAAAGCACGCAGGCGCAAAGACGUAUCCGGUCUCACCGUGAAUAAUUUUGACAGAAAUUGUGUUACACCCUGUGGAUUUUACAAAGGUUGAGGUGAUAAAUUAAAACAAGAUGCAGACAAUCAAGUGUGUGGUUGUAGGUGAUGGGGCUGUUGGUAAAACAUGCCUUUUGAUCUCCUACACAACAAACAAGUUCCCGUCAGAGUAUGUUCCCACAGUUUUUGAUAAUUAUGCUGUUACAGUAAUGAUUGGGGGUGAGCCAUACACCUUAGGUUUGUUUGAUACAGCUGGUCAAGAAGAUUAUGAUAGACUGCGUCCACUUAGUUACCCACAAACAGAUGUUUUCCUAGUCUGCUUCUCAGUUGUGUCUCCAUCGUCGUUUGAAAAUGUGAAAGAAAAGUGGGUACCUGAGAUCACUCAUCAUUGUCAGAAGACGCCUUUCUUGUUAGUCGGGACACAAAUAGAUUUACGUGACGAUGCUUCAACUAUAGAGAAGUUAGCAAAGAACAGACAAAAACCAGUCGCAUCGGAACAAGGGGAGAAAUUAGCGCGAGAAUUGAAGGCUGUCAAAUAUGUAGAAUGCUCUGCCCUAACUCAGAAAGGACUAAAGAACGUAUUUGAUGAGGCGAUUUUAGCGGCACUAGAGCCACCCGAGCCCCCGAAGAAAAGGAAGUGCGUCCUACUUUAAUACAGAAAAUAAAUAAACAUUUUCUUCAUGUGCGUUUAGCAAUUUAAAGCUACUAUCUCAUUAUGACACUAUUUUAACUAUAGGAUGUUUAUAUAAAGCUGAACGAAAUGUUUUAAUAGUCAUUUUCAACAUUGGAAUAUAAAAAAUCUUAUACUUGUUUAGUUAUAGGCAUUAUUUUAUAGAGGCAAGUUGGGAAAUUCCACUUUUUGCAAAUGUGCAUCAUGAAAAGUUGAGAAGUUCCUGUUUUAUGUAAAUGCGCGUAAGUCCCACGAUGACCUCAGAUAUCUGGCCUAGUUUGUAACCUGCGACAUAAAAAGUUUAAUGAUAAAACGAAGACACCACAAGUCGAUAGAAUAGUCUUGAAAAUAAAUGUCAGCAUUAGUUACUUUUAGUUUGGUCAUGUUGCACGUAAUUAUUAGCACCACUUCAAAAAAAUUAGGAAAUUCAUGAUAAGUUAUGAAAGUUCGCUUGUAAGUCAAUCGUAUGGUUAUAUGCCACUAAAUUUAAAUAGUCUUCCUUUAUUUAAAGAUGACCCUUCCUUAACUUAUCUAUCUACGGAGAAUAAAACCACAUUGUGUCUUACUUUCCCUUAAAAAACAAGGGACUUUAUUGGCCGAGUAAUUAUGGUCAUUGACUUUUAAUGUAGGAAUUUUGAAUGCAUACUGCCAGACAUCAUCAAUGUGUCGUGUGAUAAUGGUCCAUAUCUAAGAUAUAGGGAUUAUAUUUUCAAACGUCAAUUUUUUGCAGAGCUUCUUGUUGUUGUUUGAAAAGAAUAAUUCAACGAAAAUUACUGUUAUUUGUGUGACAACUUGAUGAUGUUUUGUUGUGGGGUUUUAGAUCUCCAAGUGGUGAUUGGUACAUGAUGCGAUCAUAUUGUUUUAACCUUUUAUUCUGAAUUAUUGAGAUUUUUUUUCUUUCAUUUCCUCUUAUGAAUGAUUUGGGUUUGUGCUUAAGCCUUAAAUAUGUCCGAUUUUAAAUCAACAUUAGAACAUAUUUUGAACAAUGACUGCUACUUGUUAGGGCAUGUUUUUAUUGAAAUAUUGGGAAAAUAAAUAAGAUUUAUAUGAAAAGAGGUCAUCCCAGUUUAUUGUUUUAAAAAAAGCCAUGAAAUUUUUGUUGUAAUGCUGUAAAAAGUUCCAGUCAGUGAAAUGGUUUUCCCUUUCAAUGUCUAGUUGCCCAUUUUUUAAACACUUUUUGGUCAAAGGUAUGGUUAAGUUAUAGACUGCGAAGCAUGUCCAUUUUUCAAAUGCUUAAAUCAGUAGAUUUGUGAACCUUAAGGGGUUGGUUUUACUGAUCUUGCGCCUUGCAAUAUGAAGUUCUAGUUUAUUUGAAGUAGUAGUUCCCUACAAUUGAAGUAAAUCUCUUCAUUUGAAAUAGUAAUCCUGUUCAUGUGAAUUAAUUGUAUAAUGUAUUGAAGUAGUUGUAUGUUAAGCUUGUUAUGUGAAGGAAAACGUGAGUUUUCUAUCUUAUUCUCUGCAUUUAACACUUUACUGUUUAAUGUAUAAAUGAAUGCAUAAAUGUGUGUAUGGACAUAUGCUUGUUUCUAAGUAUAUAUUGGGGGUACUUACAGAUUUGGCACUGUGAUAACGCUAUUUUUUCUCGCAUAUUCGACCAUAUUCUUUUUCUUUUUUAACUGCUUGAAAGUCCUUGGAAAAAAAAACAACUGUCAUUUGAUUUAAGAUGUCUUCAUUUAUGUUCUUGUGUUUGAAUUAGUGAUGGUUUUAUUAAAGAAUGCCUGUGCUUUUGUUUAUGUAUCAUAACAUUGUCUGAUAUAUAUAUCAAAAAUGAUAUUUAAUUGUGUGAAUAAUUUCAUUUAUUUAAAAAAAAAAUCUUUAAAAAAAAACGAACCAAAAAAAUGUAUAGUGUUUGAAUGGGCAUGAUUAGGAAUUAAAAAAAAAUCUUUGACAAAAAUUAUAUUAAAAAUAAGUGUACCUAUGUUUGGCAUUUAUAUUAAUAUAAUAAAACAAUAUAGGCUAUCUUUUGCUUAUCUGUGUUGAAUGCUUAUGAAAUAUACUUGAUUAGGGGAAAUUAAUUUUUAAGAAAAUGGGAUAAUUUAUAUCAUAAUUGUUCUUGAACAUUUUCAAAAUUUUCUUGUUCAUGAGAAAAUAAUAACUUUGAAUAAAUGAUGGCACUUGUUAUAUAAUGAUAAAUUUUUUUUUAUCUUACUUUUAUGUUACAAAAUAUGUAGUACAAAAUGUCAAGAGGUCAUCACAUCUUUGUAAAGUCAUUGGGUGAAAUAAAUUUAGAAAUAACACUAAUACUUGAUGAUUUUUCAGGUCUUAACAUGUUUUCGUUUAAUAUAUAUCGGCAUAAAAAAAUCCAUUAUGGUUACCUUUUCAUGUAGACUUUCUUGAAAUUUGGCCCAAAAUGUAUUAUUAUUGUAACGCUUUCCAAACGCCAGCUUUAUAAAAAAUUUUUUUACCAAGCUCGUUUAAGAUGAAGGUUUAUUUAAUGAGGACUUGUGUGAUAUCCUAUAUAUAGAUAAUAUACUGUACUAUUUAUGUAUGACAUCUUGAACAAUUCACUAUAUUACUUCUCUUUAUUAUUUCUUAUAGGGUUUUGUAAAACUUUGUUUCUUGGUCUUCGUUCCAUAUUUCAUUUUUCUUAACACCCAACUUUUUCUUUUUAUGGUUUUCCUCUACUCUUGAUUGAGAAAAGAUUUUGUUAUAAUGAUUGUUAACCUGUUCAGCUUAACAAACAUUUGAUAUAUUUUUAUAUUCAUUAUUUAGCAUAGAAUGAAACCAGAUCUGACCGAGAGAACUGUGUGUAUAUUAAACAGAACAAUUCAAUACCUUAGAGAUUUUUUCAUUGCGUAUUUUUUAUUUUCUAAGAAUUUUAGAAAAGAAAUGAGGAAAAUGUAGCCAGUAGUGUGGAAUACGGUUAUUUUUGUUAGAGAGAAAAUGGUUUUUAUAAACUACAGGUUGAGAAAAUUGCUGAGGUUAUACAAAAUAUUGUUAUGAUUUGAAGGUUUCUGGAGAAAAUCUUCUUUUAUUACUUAAUCAAAACUCAAAACAAAAAAUUUCUUAAGUAAUUUAUUUAAACCAUUUUUGAUUGGUGGACUGUAAUUUUAAAUUCCUUGGCUUGACCAAUGACAACUUGCAACAUUUCUUUAGCAAUUUUCUAAACCUGUUUCUGAUUGGAGGACUUGUGUUUGAGUGCUUAUCAUAUGUUUAAAUGUUUUUAUUUUAUACAAUGUAUUAUUCUUGAGUUAUAAUCUUUAUAAAUUAUGUUAUUAU